AUGGCACCAGGACCAGUUCGAAAUAAGCAGGAGAGACGCAGGCAGUUUGCCGAUUUGGCUAUUCAAGGAACUAACAAUUCCUCUAUUGCAUCGAAGAGAUCCGUGGAAGUUGUAUACUACCCGAAGUUGCAAUCGAAUGAGAGUUCAGAUGGUCAGGAGACCCUAGAGUAUUUUAAGCAUUUUGUCCCUAAACCAUUGCAAAGAUCUCCCUGUAUCAAUCGUGGUUACUGGUUGAGACUACAUGCGAUUAGGUCACAGUUAGAUGAAAUUAGUGCCAAAGUUCAAGGUCCCGUGGUAGUUGUGAAUCUGGGGUGCGGGUUUGAUCCACUACCGUUCCAAUUACUGGAUAAACGUAACGUGGAUAGUAAGAAUUUCCGGGAUAGGUUUACAUUUUUAGAUGUGGAUUAUCCAGAAUUAAUCGAUGAAAAGGCAUCCAUCAUAGCAGGAAACGAUGAGUUGAAAGAGAUUGUUGGUGAACCGAUAGCUCAUGGGAAAUAUCACAAAUAUUCGCUAGUGGCCUGUAAUUUGAACUAUCCCGAUCCAUUUGCGAAAUUGGUUGAUUCUUUAGACGAUAAAUGUACCAAAGUUUUUAUUGCAGAAGUUUCAUUGGCAUAUAUGAAGCCCGAACAAGCUGAUCAAAUCAUUGAAGUGUGCUCCACGGCAACCCAUUCGCACUUUCUCAUGUUAGAGCAGUUGACACCAGCAUCCAGUGAUGACCCAUUUGGCCACCAGAUGCUAAAGCAUUUUAACAAAAAUCGAUCGCCUUUACAAUCUGUGAUCAAAUACCAAAGUGUGGAUUCUCAGACGCAGAGAUUUAACCGUUUAGGUUUCUCCCAUGUUAAUGCCGGUGAUAUGUUCCAAUUGUGGUGUUCUUUAAAUGAAUCUACAAAAUCUGCAUUGCAACGGGUAGAACCCUUUGACGAAUUGGAAGAAUUCCAUCUGUUUGCCCACCACUACAUCAUUUUACAUGCAACGAACGAAACAUUUGCGUUCGACAAAUUUCCGCUAUUACCGGUGCCCUCCGCCGACGACAUUGAUGUCCUUUCAUUACCGGUGGAAUAUUUCGAAAUCGCUAACGUUCGUAAAUUUGGUGCAUCUGUCCUAGACCCUAACAAGAAGCAGCUAUUGUAUUUUGGAGGCUCAUGUCCCCAAAGAACUAACGAAAUCAUUUCCAUUGGACCUGAUGGAGACUGUGAAGCUGUACCCUUCGAUAAAACGACGGCCCCCGUAGCAAGAGCUUGUCAUACUUUUACUCUUGUGAACAACGAUACGGCCAUGGUUGUUGGCGGUAGACGGAACCCAUGGCAGCCCUUAUCAGACACAUGGAUGUUCAACUUGUCUUCACAUGAGUGGACUAGGGGCCCAGAUUUGCCAGAAGCUUGUUACAGACAUGUUACCUGUCUCUUGAAGAAGAACAAAUUACUGAUCUUAAGCGGCAAGACGCAGAGUUCGGAUGCAGCUCUUCUACUAGACAUUGAACAAAAUCGUGUGGAGAGCAUCCCUUCACAACUACCUGUCCUAAUUGCACCAGCAGCUGACAACACUUCUACUCGCAAGGGUGUCCUGAUUGGAGGUGGAUGCGCCAACGAAUCCGAUAUUUCUGAUCACAUUUACAUUUUCACCUACGACAACGACGAGGACAAGAAUCUGAAGAUUGUAGACGCCUGGCAGGAUCCACUCUUUUGCCGCUACGGUGCCCAAGCAAGAUUCAUCAAUGAUAACCAAAUUGUCCUGGCGGGUGGUACCGGACCUUUCCUUUUCAACGCUCGCAACAUGAUUGUCGUACUAGAUAUCCGUUCUCACACCUUCAAAUCAAUAGCGCUACCAAACCCGCUUCCCUUGCUAGUCGGAGCGGACUUGCAGUUCGACCCACACUCCCAAGAACUGUUGCUAGUAGGUGGAGGCGCUACUUGCUACGGGUUCGGCUCAGUAUGGAACCAUGGUGCAAGAAUAAGACUGACGGAAGGCAAGUACUGA